GAGGCCUCGAUGCUGCUUGGCCAAAAGCAGUAUGCUCUUUAUACAUGUCGGAUGCUAGUUAAACGUUUCACCUGUCGUUAAUCAACAUGUCGUCCACCGAUAACAACGGUAACAACAACCAAGGCCCCAAGAAGACUACCGGACAGUAUCACUCCGUCAAGGGCACCGUCGUCGAGACCGUUGGAAACCUCACUGGUUCUCAAGCAUGGGUCGACUCUGGAAAGCAGGAGCAUGUUGCAGGCGAAGCUGAGAUCACCGCCGCCAAAGCUAAAGGCUACGGUGAAGGAAUCGCUGAUCGUGCCGAAGGGAAAUUGGAUUCCGUCACGGGUGCCAUCAAAGGCGACAAGCAGCAGCAAGCUAGCGGCAAUGCUCAGCAAGAUAAGGGUAUCGUCCAGCAGAACCUUAACAAGUAGUUUGUCGUACCACAGUUAGCUAGCUAGCACUGGGACAUGAUGGUUAUGCAAUGAUUAUAGUUGAUGCACACGUCAAAAGCACUUCACGUAACCGAUCUAAGGCGUUUGUUAGCUUCAAUAGUAACGUCGCAUCUGCGGCAAUCACAUCGCAUUCGGGACCUACUGCAUAGCGUGUUCCCGCUCC